UCCCCUUCAACGCACACCACCCACUAUAAAUUCUCCUUUCUCCCCUUCCUCUCAAAACCAUCAGUCUCACCUUUUCUCUCUCACCUAACAAAUUAGCAUAUGUCUCAGAGACCUACCGUACCUCACUCUUCUUCUAUAGCCUUCGGUCUCCAUUCCCAUCUCCUGGUUUCCAGUGAGAUGAACCCUAAUUCCAACUGGUCUUGUAUUAUUUGUCAUUGAAAAUUUUUCUAGCGUUUCUUUUUCUGCUUUUCCCGGAAAAAGAAAAACAAGCAAGAUAUCAUUUUUUUGAUUGUUUCGAUUCUUGAAAUCAUUCUUGAAAAAUGGGUUUGAAAGGUUUUGUUGAAGGAGGCAUAGCUUCAAUUAUUGCUGGUUGCUCUACACAUCCUCUUGAUCUUAUUAAAGUCCGCAUGCAACUCCAAGGUGAAUCCCACGCGCCGAACCCAGCUCUCCAAACGCUCCGCCCUGCUCUUGCUUUCCACCACGGGGCCACCACCAUUCACGUGCCUCAACGACCACUAACGGUUCCACCACCUCGUGUCGGUCCCAUUUCUGUCGGUGUCCGUAUUGUUCAACAAGAAGGCGUCGCUGCUCUUUUUUCCGGUGUCUCCGCCACCGUCCUCCGCCAGACUCUCUAUUCCACCACCCGCAUGGGUCUUUACGAUAUUUUGAAACAAAAAUGGACUGAUCCUAACACAAAAACCAUGCCUUUAGCGAGCAAGAUCGCUGCUGGACUUAUUGCUGGAGCUAUCGGAGCCGCCGUUGGAAACCCUGCAGAUGUGGCAAUGGUACGCAUGCAAGCCGACGGUCGUCUUCCUCCAGCUCAACGUCGGAAUUACAAGAGCGUUGUCGACGCCAUCACACGUAUGGCAAAACAAGAAGGCGUUACUAGCCUGUGGCGCGGCUCAUCGCUUACGGUGAACCGCGCUAUGCUAGUAACAGCAUCACAGCUAGCAUCAUACGAUCAAUUCAAAGAAACGAUUCUCCAAAAAGGAUUGAUGCGUGAUGGGCUGGGGACCCACGUGACAGCAAGUUUCGCGGCAGGGUUUGUGGCUGCGGUGGCGUCGAAUCCGGUGGACGUGAUCAAAACAAGAGUGAUGAACAUGAAGGUGGAGCCAGGGAAGGCGCCGCCGUAUGCAGGAGCGUUGGAUUGCGCGAUCAAGACGGUGAAGGCGGAGGGGCCCUUGGCCCUUUACAAGGGGUUCAUACCUACGAUCUCAAGGCAAGGGCCGUUUACGAUUGUGCUGUUUGUGACCCUAGAACAGGUCAGGAAGGUGUUUAAGGAAUUCUGAUGAUGACGAUAAUGGAAUUUAGCUGGGUUAAUUAAGAUUUGGAGCUUUUCUCUUUUUUAAUAAUAAUUUUGAGAUACUCCUAAUCAAAAAUAUAAUUGCGCGUCGAUUUGGGAAUGUUUGGACCGGGUCUUGCUAGAUUUGUACUUCUAGAAGCUAUAUGAAUUGUAUAUCAAUGAAAUUACAUAUUGUCGUUCAGUUUAUAGAUAAGGAAGAAGAUAUUUCAUAAUUAUCAA